AUGGCUCUACAUCCAGUCGACGACGAUGAACAGCUGUUCACCCGGGCCAUGACCUCCUACCGCGAAGCAUUUUUGGUUCGACAUGCCCACCUCCCGGAACCCCAACGCCAUCAGCUUUGGAAACAGCAUCUCAACCAGUUCAUCCCGGCCAUCGAGGACGACUCCACCUCGACACCAGCUCUGCCUCGAACGGGGCAUUCGGGAACCUCGGGGAAACGAUCUCGACAGGAUGCGACUCCACGGACCCUCCCUGCUGCAGCCGAAGCUGCCUCUUCUACUUCUUCUGGUUUUGGUUUUGGUUCUGGUUCUGGUUCUGGUUCUGGUUCUGGUUCUGGUCCUCCGCAGGCAAAACGGCGAGCCACCACCCCGGAUCUCCCCGUGGCCGCCGACCUCCGACGCACCAUCUCCCAGACUUCUCCAGCGGAGACGUCCCGGAGGGGUGCAUCGCUGUCGGGGCAGGGAUCUUACCGACACGCCCCCGUGAAGACCCCCGUGGGAGGCAGGGAAGCGAUGGCUUUGGGAAUGGUUCGUUCCCAAAGCCAACAAACCCCCGUCUCUUACUGGCAUCCGCCAGCCGGAACGGCCAUGGGGAAACGACAAUCCUUCGGCCCGACCCGGACACCACCGCAGCAGCAACCCCGACUGGACCACGUGAAUGAGAUGGUCAAUGAAUACUCGCCAUCCGAGUUUACGAAACACUUGGAUGACCCCGAGAACGGCAUCAACCAGGCCCCGCUCUAUGGCUCUGGCUCUGGCGCUCCCUCUGGUGCUGCAACCGCCCUACCGACCGCCAACACCACUUCUGCAUUGACUCUUGGGCUGGCGAAUCUUGGAUCAAAUGGACCGGCCUCUCUUUCAAUUCCGCACACUGGACAGCCAUCUCCCAUGGCCGAUGCCUCUCCUGCUGGCGCCGUUGAGAUGACCCGGAGCGGAACCACCGACACUAUCAUCGGCAACUUCAACAACUUUGGCUUCGAUCAGGCUGCAUCGCAUGGGGAUCUGGAACCAGCGUACCCCAUUCCCCCGGAGUGGGUGCCCACAUCCACCUCCGGACUCCCUUACCAAGAUUCCUUUCCUUCUUCCAUGUAUCCUGACCUAGAUCCUGGUGCAUCCUUCCCAUUCUCCUACCCUUCCUAUCCUUCCUCCUUCUCCACAUCUGCCCCAUCAGCAACACCUUUCCGGCCACCACUAGUGCCAGCCACGCUGAAUCCCACAGCGGCCAGUACGCUCUCCCCACCACAAGCAGUCGACAUGAAGCCGUCCACUUCAACCGAAAGCAAUUCGUCCACAACGGCAGCUCCAUCCCGUGCCGCCCGCCGUACACAAGAACAAAUCGCCCACGCCGCACGGCCCAUUGCGCCCAAGCGCGAAUCCCACGGCGACAUCCACCUCCAACCAGAUCCCACCGACCCCAAUCGCAUGAUCCGCAUCUCCUCCGCAGACGGUACCACCAAGGAAGUCGCCGCAAUCCCCAAGGCCUCCGUGCAGCGGCCCCCACGCCCAAAAACGUACUGCCACUUGUGCAACGACCAGCCAGAGGGUUUCCACGGGGAACACGAGCUCCGUCGACACAUUGACCGGGUGCACGCGCAGGUGCGCAAAGUCUGGGUGUGCGUCGACAUCUCCCCCGACAAGACGUUCCUCGCCAACUGCAAAGCCUGCCGGAAUGGCAAGCGGUAUGGCGCGAACUACAACGCGGCCGCGCACCUGCGCCGCACGCACUUUAACCCGUGUCAGCGUGGCCGUGGGGGCCGGGGCAAGGAUAGUGAGAAACGCGGCGGCAAGGGUGGCGGCAAUCAACCGCCAAUGGAGACGCUGAGGCUCUGGAUGCGGGAGACGAUUGAAAGGGCUGAUGAGCACUCGGUUGACAGCUUUGCGGCUGAGGGGUUGGAGGAGGAUGCUAGUAGUGUGCCGACAGACUGCAAGAGCAGGACGAUCACGCCCGGAGUGGGAGACGCAAGUGGGCCGAUGAAUAUGGGCAUGGGCAUCGGUAUGGGUAUGGGGAUGAGCAUGGGGAGCUCAUAUGGGAUGGACCCGACGCGCAUGCAUGGCCAUAACCUCGGUAACAGCCACGAGUACGAGGCGUUCUCGGGGAUGUCGGCCAGUUUCGACCUCGAUGCCACGCUGGAGACUCCAUUCUAUGUGGACAGCCAGCAGAUGCCGGCAGAGAUGGAGACCUAUGUCAUGUGA